CGUCCAGCCUGGAACCUUGGAGAGAGUUUUCUCUCUCUCUCUCUCUCUCUCUCUCUUCUGGGGGUUCGGAGGACGAGACUGACCCAAGACGUACAGCGGGACAACAGACUUGGUCCAAGAUGUUCUGGACGAGGAGAGUUGUUCAGCAGUGGUGCUUUGCUAUGUUCUUACUGUGCUUCCCUGUUCCUCAAUACGGAAGACCAAUCGACGGUCUCACCAACAGAAUGAAGCGCUCGGUGACCCACGCCCAGCUGAUGCACGAUAAGGGCCGGACGCUGCAGGAUUUCAAGCGUCGCAUGUGGCUCCAAGAGCUGCUGGACGUGGUCCAUACAGCCGAGAUCAGGGAACUUCCUGUCCGCCCGGUGGUCAGCAGCGGAGCCGGAGUGGGGCUUGGACUACCGGUGGCCGGGGUAGGGGUCAGCCUGGGAUUGGGUACAACGGGAGGUACCCAGCACCCUCACCCCAAACCUCCAGGGGGCACCAAGAACCUUCCCAUCAACUUCCACACGGAAGAGGAAGGAACCAACCUGCCGCAGGAGACCAACAAGUCCCAAACGUACAAAGAGAAAGACGGGACGCGGAGGCCAAGGAAGGGAAGAAAAAAAAAAGGGAGGAAUGGGAAGAGGAGAGAGGGGGAGAGGAGGGAGGGGGAGAGGAAGAGGAGGGCGCGCUCACUGGGCUGGGCGCAGGAAGAGGAGGAGCCUGGGAAUGGGUACCGCCUGGAGUGGCGAGGGCCCUUCUUCGGCCUGAGGGGGGCGCCGCACUAGAACACUGUCACACUCUGACUAAGAAACCUGAGGACAUGCAGAUGGACACCCAGACAUACCUGUUGCAGGGGUUUCUUGCGAUAGGAAAUAUUUAUUUUUCUGUAAAUAUUGUAAAACGCACCAGACUAGUGAUAAUGACGAAGACAAUUAAAAAACAUUUACAGACGCUCGCUCUGCGGAGCGACAUAAUUUAAUAAUUGUGAAAUCCUGUCCUGUCCUGUUCUGUUUUGUCUUACGACUAUGUCAAUUAUUAUUAAUGUCACAUUGUGCUGUAAUUUAUUUUGUUUGAACAGUGUAUUUAUUUUGUAAAUGUAUUGAGGUGCUGCUGACCUAUAUUUUUGUACCAUAAUGCACUUUUAGAUAUAUAAAUAUAAAUAUAUAAGUAAUUUCUGUGGUUGAUUGAAAUGAAGACAACAUUGCUGGUCAUUCCUCCGUGUUCACUAGGCUCCUCCUCCGCACGGUUCCCAUAGCGACCACAUGACUCGUCUGUCCGCUCUGCUCUGACUGGCCCACAGACGUCUAAUCUAAUUGGCUGUUGACCAAGUCGGCGUGUUCAAUAGGCACACUAUGGAAAAAAAAUGUUUCAAAAUGUUUUACAAAAAAACAAAAAACAUACAUAUACAUAUUUUUUUUUUUAGCAUUUCUUAUUGGACUUAAGUCCAGCAAGUCCGUCCUCGUUCGAGAUGGUUUUCUUCAGUUUGUUACCUAAUGAACACGACCCAAGACGACCCAGAACGACCCAUGCAGCUGUCCUCGACCCCUGACCUCUGUACAUUAUGCUUCAACCCCCCCCCCCCUCCCGCCGUCUGUCUCCAUCAGUUGGUCCACUGGGAACCAUCUCCUUUCACUCGGGCCCGUACAGAACCAGAACACAAUGCAACGACUUCAUAUUGUUGUUCGGCACUUGCACUGAGAGACGACCCUGUACUGAAUGGAUUAAACAUUUCAGAGUAUCUA